GAAGUAUUCGGAUUACUAGAUUCUCUACCUUCACCUUCUCCUUCUUCUCAUUUCUAUUAUUUUAUUUUUAAAGUAUCUAAUCUCUUAACUAAGUAGGCUUUCAUAUGGAUCAGCUCACGCUAUUAUUUUCAUUAUUACUAACACUUCAUCUGUCAGCAUCAGGGGUCUUAUCAACAACGUUUACACUUGUUAACAAAUGCGACUACACAGUGUGGCCAGGCAUUCUUUCCAACGCAGGAGUUGCUCCUCUUUCAACCACCGGUUUCGCUCUGCAAACCGGUGAGUCCAAAGCCAUAACCACACCCACCUCUUGGGGAGGCCGUUUUUGGGGCCGCACACUCUGCACCCAAGACACCACCGGAAAGUUCUCCUGCGCCACAGGUGAUUGUGGCUCCGGAAAGAUCGAAUGCGCCGGCAGCGGAGCCACGCCGCCAGCCACCUUAGCCGAGUUCACUCUUGACGGCUCCGGUGGCCUUGAUUUCUUCGACGUCAGCUUGGUUGAUGGCUACAACCUCCCUAUGCUGGUGGUUCCCCAAGGUGGCUCCGGCGACAACUGCACCAGCACGGGUUGCGUUGAGGACCUGAACGGCGCGUGCCCUUCAGAGCUUAAGGUUGCGAGCGUGGAUGGAAAACAAAGCGUAGCGUGCAAAAGCGCGUGCGAGGCGUUCGGGUCGCCGCAGUAUUGUUGCAGCGGCGCGUAUGGUUCGCCGAACAGUUGCAAGCCUUCUGCUUACUCUCAGAUAUUCAAGAAUGCUUGCCCACGCGCCUAUAGCUACGCGUACGACGAUAAGACGAGCACUUUUACAUGUGGAUCUGCUGCGGAUUAUACAAUCACUUUUUGUCCUUCCCAUGACAGUAACCCAAGUCAGAAAUCGUCGCAGGGGCAAAACCCGAAUUCAGAUAGCAGUGGUUCUUCUACCUCGCCGCAGCUGAACAACGGCACAAUGGUGUACGUAGGUGCCCUGGAUCAAGGGGAAAUAUCAUGGGCCACGUGUACCCAUGUGUGGAAAUCCCAAGCCAUUGCCUUCAUUGUCAGCAUCACUAUGGCUAUUUGGCUGUUGUGCCACGAGCCACGUUUUUACGCCUAAAAACAUGGUGGGGCCCUCUAUAUCACUUGUGUAACUCUUGAGGCUCGCAUGUGCCACGUGAGUUAGUAGGACCCAUAGGUUCAAGCAUCCUAGUCAUUUAUAGGGAAAAAUCUACCAUGACAAUUCAUUGCAUCCUAAUUCUUCAUUUUUAUUAUUAACAUGUGUAGGCGGAUUUUUGAGUUCAAAAAAAUUGCAUAGAACCUCCCUUACGAAUCCUAGUUUUGUUCCAUUUAUAGGGAAAGUUCAUCUGCUAUUGAAGUACAUCAUCACCUUGUGAGUUUCAACUUUGGUCCCCGAUUCCGCGCGAGCAGUAUCGACCUUAAAAGCUAAGGUUAUUUUCGUCCAAGUGUGAAAACCUCUGAAAUCAAAUUACUACCAUAUGGAGGGAAGGCAGUGGGUGCAAUUAAAUAUUUUUUUCUCGUUUAGAUUAAUAGGGACACUAGAGAAGAAUUCUUUGUCUUGUGGGCGAUGUGAUUCAUUUGUUACUCCUGGAAUGUAAGACUUGAGUACAAGAGACCACAAAAGCAAAUGGACUCGUAUUUUAGUAUCUUACUGUCUUCUGUCUUUA